CCACCACCCGCCCACACGUCCCGCUCUCGGGGUUUCCUCUCCCUCUUUUCUCCUCCGACUAUCUUUACCUUACCUCUGUCUUUUUACGUCUGACCGACACCAACCGACCGUCUCCUGCAGCGCAGAUUCACACAUAUCACACUCGCAUACUCGCAUAUAAUGGCCCGCUUCGCCUCGUUCUUCACUCUCUUCACCGCCGUUAUUGGCGCCUCGGCCCUCCCUCUCCACAGGAGGUGCUCCGCUUCUUCCUCGAGCGCUACCAGCACUGCCACCGGCACCAGCGUUUCGCCCGCCGUUGGCGCAGCCAGUGGUCUGCCCAUCCCGACCAGCGUUGGCAUUUCCGUCAGCAUUGGUCUCCCUACUGGUACACCCACCGGUUCCUCUAGCUCCGGUGCCCCCACCGGCACUGGUGUUCCUACUGGCUCCAGCACCGCUAUCCCUACCGGUACCGGCUCCAGCUCUGGUACCCCCACCAGCUCUGGCAGCGCAGCACCCACGAGCACCGGCUCUUCGGGCUCGGGCUCUGGUCCGCACUGGGUCGUCUACAGCGACGCGUGGAUCUCUGGCGAGACCGGUCCCCCGAAGGCUUCUGACCUCGAUGGGUUCAACGCCUUCCUUCUCUCGUUCUGGAUGACCACCGGCCCAUCUGACCAAGCCACCACUUGGUCCCAGCUCGACGCUACGACGCGCCAGUCGACCAAGGCCGAGUACAAGGCUGCCGGAAUCAAGCUCAUGGUGUCUGCGUUCGGCUCGACCGAGCAGCCCACCACCGGCGGCGCCGACCCCGUCGCGACCGCAGACAACCUUGCGACCUUCGUGACGCAGAACGACCUUGACGGCGUCGACAUCGACUACGAGGACUUCCAGGCGAUCAACCUCAAGGACGGAUCCGCGGAGAACUGGCUCAUCAAGUUCACGACUGAGCUCCGCAAGAAGCUCCCCGCGGGUCAGUACACUUUCACGCACGCGCCCGUCGCACCGUGGUUCAGCGGUGCUCCGACGUACCCGUCUGGUGCUUACCUCGCGGUCGAUAAGGCUGUGGGCAGCAUGAUUGACUGGUACAAUGUCCAGUUCUACAACCAGAACUCUGACUACGAGAGCUGCGAUGGUCUCCUCACCAAGUCGUCCUCCACGUUCCCGAACUCGUCCGUCUUCGAGAUCGCCAAGUCCGGUGUCCCCCUCGACAAGAUCGUCAUCGGCAAGCCUGCCACCCAGGCUGACCAGACCAACGGCGGCUUCAUGUCCACCAGCGCUCUCGCUUCGUGCAUUGCCACUGCAAAGGGCAAGGGCUGGAACGCUGGCGUUAUGAGCUGGGAGUACCCCCAGGCCGACUCGGCGUGGAUCAAGGCCGUCCAAGGGUCGGCUUUUGCUGCCUAAAUGCGUCUUCUGCUCUCCUCCCCAUCUCCUCCCUCGACCAAUCUCUCCCUUCUCCUUCCUUCCGUCCGCACACACGCCUACGAAAAUGACCCCGUCACGAUACCAUAGCGCACACGUCUCCCCCCGGCGAGCCCGGGCGGGCUGGUAAUCCUGGCCUCAGCAUCGCAUCGUCUGCAUGGUUCCCCUAGGCAUCCUCACCCUCAUCCUCAUCGUCCCGCUCCGCUCCUCGAGGUCACGGAUCGACUCCGUGGCCUUCUGCAUCAUCAUCUCUCCUGCAUUUUGGGUCUCUCGCAUUGCAUGAUUGGUUCUCCCUCACUGUUUUCAUACCACGCACGGAUGCAUGUCGGUCAUCCCGCUCUCUUUUUUACUGCUAUCUUUAUCCACUGGGUGGUUCGGUGCUUUGGUGUUUUAUGUUUUUACCUCUCUCGCUCGCUUGCUGUCUUUAUUCGUAUCAAGGUAUACGCUGGUCAUCAUGC